AUGGGUAAUCUUUUUUGCUGCGUUCAAGUUGAUCAGUCCACAGUAGCUAUAAGCGAACAAUUCGGGAAGUUUGAUGAGGUUCUGGAGCCUGGAUGCCACUGUCUACCGUGGUUCCUUGGGAAGCAGCUGGCUGGUCAUCUGUCUCUGAGAGUUCAGCAGCUGGAUGUUCGCUGUGAGACCAAGACAAAGGACAAUGUUUUUGUUACGGUUGUCGCUUCUAUUCAAUAUCGCGCCCUGGCAGAGAGGGCAAACGAUGCUUUCUACAAGCUGAGCAACACUAGGGGCCAAAUCCAGGCCUAUGUUUUUGAUGUGAUUAGGGCAAGUGUCCCAAAACUCCUUUUGGAUGACACUUUUGAGCAGAAGAAUGACAUUGCCAAAGCUGUAGAAAAUGAACUUGAAAAGGCCAUGUCUCACUAUGGAUAUGAGAUUGUGCAAACACUCAUUGUCGAUAUUGAACCAGAUGAGCAUGUAAAGAGGGCAAUGAAUGAAAUUAACGCUGCUGCAAGAAUGAGGGUGGCAGCUACUGACAAGGCAGAGGCUGAAAAGAUCCUGCAGAUCAAGCGAGCUGAAGGUGAGGCUGAAUCGAAGUAUCUUUCUGGGUUGGGUAUCGCUCGCCAGAGGCAAGCAAUUGUGGAUGGAUUAAGGGACAGUGUGAUUGGCUUCUCUGAGAAUGUGCCGGGUACAUCUGCCAAAGAUGUCAUGGACAUGGUCUUGGUGACACAGUACUUUGACACCAUGAAGGAAAUUGGUGCUGCCUCCAAAUCCUCAGCUAUCUUCAUUCCCCAUGGACCUGGUGCAGUUCGUGAUGUUGCUUCUCAGAUUCGCGAGGGUCUUCUCCAAGCCAAUAAUGCUCAUUAA